AUGAUCAAACCUUACAAGCGUGCGCCGUUGCAAGAUAUUGUGACUUGGGACGAGCACUCCCUUUUCGUCCGUGGCGAGCGUGUACUCUUCUACUCCGGAGAGUUCCACCCGUUCCGUCUCCCCGUUCCCGGCCUCUGGCUCGACGUCUUCCAGAAGAUCAAGGCGCUCGGCUACAACGGCGUCUCCUUCUACGUCGAUUGGGCGCUCGUGGAGGGCAAGCAAGGCGAGUUCAAUGCCAGCGGGGUCUUCGCCUUCGAGCCUUUCUUCCAAGCAGCUUCGACUGCCGGUAUCUAUUUGCUUGCCCGUCCUGGACCGUACAUCAACGCCGAAGCCAGCGGCGGCGGGUUUCCGGGCUGGCUACAACGCAAUCCGGCCCUGCUUCGGACACGUCAACCGGGCUAUGAACAUGCUACGGAUAAUUAUGUCUCGCAUAUUGGUGCUAUUGUGGCUGCUGCGCAGAUCACGAACGGUGGCCCGGUCAUCCUAGUGCAGCCGGAGAACGAGUAUUCGCAGGGUGUUGUCCCAGAGUUCCCCGACCCGGUCUACUUUGGCUAUGUAGAGGAUCAGUAUCGUAACGCUGGCAUUGUUGUGCCGUUGAUAUCGAACGAUGCGUAUCCGCACGGCUACUUCGCACCCGGACCGCCGGCACAACCUUCGGCUGUCGACAUCUAUGGUCACGAUGGGUAUCCGCUGGGCUUCGAUUGCGCCAACCCGUACACAUGGCCUGCUAAUGCACUGCCAACAUACUACCUAACGUUGCAUCGCCAGCAGAGUCCAAGCACGCCAUACUCUAUCGUCGAGUUUCAGGGUGGCUCGUUCGACCCCUGGGGCGGUCUUGGUUUCGCACAAUGUACCGAGUUGCUGAGUCCUGAGUUCGAGCGUGUGUUUUACAAGAACGACUUCAGUUUCGGCGUGACGAUCUUCAACAUAUACAUGACCUAUGGUGGCACAAACUGGGGUAACCUCGGCCAUCCAGGUGGAUACACAUCAUACGACUACGGCGCCGUAAUCGACGAGAUGCGUACCGUCACCCGCGAGAAAUAUAGCGAAGCGAAGCUGGAGGCCAACUUCUUGCAAGCGUCGCCAGCAUACCUUACGGCUAUUGCGCAGAACAACACACACGCAAACGGUAGCUAUACUAGUAACAGCGCCAUCGCAACGACUGCGCUCCUCGGAAACGUCACGAACUUCUUCGUAGUCCGCCAUGCAGCCUAUAACACCCUGGACACGACGACUUACAACAUCACCUUACCAACAAGCCAAGGCAACAUCACUAUACCGCAGCUUGGCGGUAGUCUCUCGCUUCAUGGCCGUGACAGCAAGUUCCACGUCACUGACUACGACAUUGGCGGGAUCAACCUACUCUACUCCACAGCCGAGGUUUUCACCUGGAAGCGGUAUGGCAAUGAGCGCGUGCUGGUUGUGUACGGGGGACCCGGCGAGGAGCACGAACUUGCAAUUUCCAACGGCGGUCACGCUUGGGCAGGCAGAGCUUCCGGUGUGCUUAUCGGCAACAAGCAGGGAGCGACCAUCAUCAAUUAUCAGGUCAGCUCACAACAGAAACUGGUGCAACUAGGCUGCGGUGUCACCAUUUACCUGCUUGACCGCAACUCAGCCUACAACUACUGGGUCAUUGACUUGCCGAACGAUUCCAUCUCUGGCAACUACACAAACCAGACACACUUCACUUCCGCGCCAAUCGUGAAAGCAGGCUACCUUCUCCGCACCGUCGAGGUUUCUGGGAGCUCGAUACACCUCACAGGCGAUCUUAAUGCCACAAGUGACGUUGAGAUCAUUGGCGGUGCGCCGUCUCACACUACCCAGCUCACCUUCAAUGGCAAGAGCAUUCCGUUCAAGCAGUCGCGGAACGGUGUCGUUACAGCUACGGCAAGCUACACCAACGCCACCUUCGCCGUGCCAAAUUUGUCGAGUAUUGGCUGGAAGGUGAUAGACAGUCUGCCAGAAGUUCAGUCUGCCUACGACGACAGCCUGUGGACGACUGCAUCUCUGACGUACAGCAACAACACCGCUCGCAACCUCACAACUCCUCGAAGCCUGUACGCAAGCGACUACGGCUACAACACCGGCAAUCUCCUCUACAGAGGCCACUUCACCGCCAUCGGCAACGAGACAUCCCUGUACCUAUCCACGCAAGGAGGCUCAGCGUAUGCUCACAGCAUCUGGCUCAAUGGCUCCUUCGUCGGCUCCUUCUACGGCGCCGACAAGUACAGUCAUUGGAACCAAACCUAUACUCUCCCCAACCUGUCUGCAGGCAAGAACUACGUGAUCACGAUCUUGCUUGACAACAUGGGUCUAGACGAGAACGGCCAGGCUGGCAGCAGCCAAAUGAAGAAUCCACGAGGUGUUUUGGACUAUAGCCUUUCCGGCCGUAACAAGGGCGACAUCAGCUGGAAGUUAACCGGCAACCUGCACGGUGAGAACUUCGUCGACAAAACGAGAGGCCCGCUCAACGAAGGCGGUCUUUUUGCUGAGCGCCAAGGUUACCAUCUCCCCGGUGCGCCAACCGCAAACUGGUCGUCGAGUGCCUUGGGCCCGAUGGACGGUCUCACCACAGCAGGCGUCAUGUUUUACUCCACGACAUUCAACUUGAGCAUGCCGCAAGGCUACGACAUUCCGCUGUCAUUCAGCUUCUCCAAUACCACGACCACCAAUCAGAGCAGCGUACCGAGCUACCGGUGUCAGAUCUAUGUUAAUGGGUACCAGUUCGGCAAGUACGUGCAUAAUAUUGGACCGCAAGAUGCUUUCCCUGUUCCUGAAGGCAUUUGGAAUUAUCACGGCAGCAACUACGUUGCUGUGUCGCUAUGGUCGCUUGAGGCUGCCGGCGCGAAGGUCGGGAAUCUCAGCCUAGUGGCUGGGUCUGUCAUUCAAAGCGGGUACGGUCCGGUCAGCCUCAGUCCGAUGACCGGAUGGAGCCCACGUGCGGGAGCGUAUUGA